ACCCGCGCGGCGCUCCAGUUCGCAUCAAGUAUUCACCGCUUUUACUACGACCUCGUGCGAAUCAUCACAAACGCGGCCCAAUACGCGACACGGCACAUUUUUGAAAGACCUCCCCCACCAACUGUUGACCUUUUCCGCAACCGUUUGAAAUUUUCCUUUUUUUCUAAACGAUUUAAUUUUUCCACGUUAGAACUCUAACCGGAGUGAGUAUAGUAGUGUAUUUUUAGAGAUUCGUCCAACUAUGUUGGGAUGUCGUUUUUUUAACGUGAGUGAUCGGCGGUGAACGUGAUUGUUUCCGUUUGAAGCAUGUAAGCAACGACGUACGUUGGAUUGGUGGUUUCGUUUUUUGCUAGUCAACUUCGUAGGGAGAAAGUUGGUACUGAGGUUCAACUUGACUUAUCUGAAGAAUGGAGUUUGCUGGUAUUAAAUUUGCCCCUUUAAACGUGUCUCUGGACCGCAGACUCCAAACUUUGGCAGCCGCUUGCGGUUUCAUUUGGCUCAUUUUCGGAGGCUUUAUCUGCUUAAUAUUCUCGGUGUACCUUGUACUUUUUACAAAAUACUGGUUAGUAACCAGCGUGUAUUUGCUGUGGGUACUAUGGGAUUUGAAGACCAGCGAAACGGGAGGUAGACCAUCUAAAUGGGUUCGAAAUUGGAGAUGGUGGUACUAUAUGAAGGAAUAUUUUCCAGCCAGAAUGGAAAGGUUGCCUUGGGUGCAGUUAGAUAAGAACAAGAAUUAUUUAUUUUGUUGUUUUCCACAUGGAAUGUUAUCUCUAGGAGUUUUCUGCAACUUUGCUAGCGAUUAUGGGGAGUUCAAGAUUUACUUCCCCCAUCAUUCCCCAAGGGUGGUCACGUUAUCCCAGCACUACAUCAUGCCCUUCUUCAGGGAGAUGGGAUUGGCCCUUGGUGGCAUAUCCGCGGAAGCCAACGCGAUAGAGUACGUGUUGAGAAAACCAGGAGGUGGAAAUGUGUGCGUUUUGAUGCCUGGAGGAGCUCAGGAAAGCUAUUAUUGUAAACCUGGACAAUACAGGAUAAUUUUAAAGCAGAGGCGAGGUUUUAUCAAACUGGCCCUAAGAAACGGAGCUCCAUUGGUUCCGGUACUGUCUUUCGGAGAAACGGACACUUUCGAUCAAGUAGAAGGCAGUACCUUGAGAAAAAUUCAAGAAACCCUCAGAAAGAUGAUUGGUAUAGCGCCAGUUGUACCGGUUGGUAGAGGAUUCUUCCAGUACUCCUUCGGUUUAGUACCAAGAAGAAAACGUAUAGUCGUAGUUGUUGGUAAACCUUUAGACAUUCCAAAAAUUGACAAUCCCAAUCAUGAACAAAUAGAAGAAUACCAUUCGAAAUUCGUCGUACACCUGAAAGAAAUGUUUGACGAACAAAAAUACAAUUACUUGGAAGAUCCGGAACAUACCGAACUGAUUAUAGAAUAAAUAUUGUGAUUUUAAAGUGUAGAAGUCCAAAACAUGCUCAAAGAUUAUUAGUGUUUAGUGUUUGUAGUGAUAUAUUGAAAUAAGUACUCCUAAAUAUUUGUCAAAAAGGAGUAGACAACGAACACAAACAACUUUAAGUGCAAGAUAAAAAACUUGAUUUUUAAGGUGGAUUAUUUAUUUUUUUGGUUUUAGUAUAGUAUUAGUUACAUAAAAAUUAAAAAAUGGUGUAGUGUUAUAUCGAUAAUGUUAAUUAUUUUUAUCAAAUUGUUUUAUAUGCUGUUAUUUUUUUGUAUUAUAGUUGUUUUGUAGUGCAUUUA